AAUACUCUUAUCGGCGGUUCAGUGUUCAGUCAGUAUGAUAAGCUGUAUGGUUUUGUGAAUAGUUUUGUAUGCUCCAUUCAUCAGUUUUUAUGUUGAUGAGUAUUUAAUGAGCUGAUAAGUGUUUUCAAUAUUGUCUAGUCUGUCGAUGCCUUCGGAAGCAAAUCGAUAUACUAUGUCCGCUGAUUUGGAGCUAGUAAAGAAACACAUCGGUGAAUAUCCUGAUUUUCCUGUGAAGGGCAUUCUCUUUAAGGACAUAUUCACCGCCCUGCGAAGCGGACCGGUAUGUCAAGCACUGAAAGGUCUGCUAAUAGCGCACGUCCGACUGGCCUGUCCUGACGUUCAGGUCAUAGUCGGCCUUGAAGCACGUGGUUUCCUAUUUAGUCUGAUGAUUGCAGCCGAGUUGGGCAUCUCCUGUGUGCCCAUUCGUAAAAAAGGAAAACUUCCUGGCCCGUGUGUGCAGUAUGAGUACCAGCUAGAGUACGGAACGGACAUUUUCGAGAUCCAGAAAGAUAGUAUUGCUUCAGGCCAAAAGGUGCUAAUAAUCGAUGAUUUAUUGGCAACGGGGGGCACCAUGGAUGCUGCCAACAAACUGGUACAGCAAAUCGGUGGUGUCGUUGAACAAAAUGUUGUCAUCAUAGAGCUGACAACGUUGGGUGGGCGAAAGAAGCUGGAAUCUUCUGGGUUCAAAGUACAUUCCUUUAUUCAAUACGAUGAUAUUGAAUAAUCUUUGAAAGCGAGUCAUAGUAAAUUUAAGCACGUAACAAAAUUACAUUACCAGCCAUUACAUG